AAACCAUAUUGAGUACGACACUUUAUAAUUCUCAUUUUGAACUUACAUCAAGAUUUGAUGCAUAGUUGUUGUUCCAAAUUGUUAGUAUUAUAUAAAGAAUGCUGAGGCAAACCACACUCGCAUUCUGCUAGAACUAUUGUUAAAUCUGCUAUAUGCUAAUAAAAGCAAAUUAAGUAAAUGAUCGAGUGCUACAGCCAGAUUUUCACUACAUGCACAUGGCACAUGGGCCACGUAUGGAUGACAGUCACCUGGUCUACCACCGAACAGAUAAGGAGAGAGACUAGGGGAAUAAAUCCCCAAUCCUCACGAUACUGGAAUCGGCGGAUAGCCCACGGCCGACCGACACCACCUCCACGCACGCCGCCGUCUGGGGCAUUCACCGGCGACGAGAGACGCUCCCGUCGCGCUCGUCCUUGUCUGAUGAUCCUCCAGAGAGCAGGCUGCCCAGCGCGACGCCGUUGGAGGCGCCGUUCACAAGCCCGAGGGCGGCCGGGCUCUAAGUCUCCCUGCGCGUGCGGCGCGGCUGCUCGACGGAGGGCUUGACAUGGCGAAGCCAAAGGGCAUAAGGCAGUGGCGAGGCGGAGGCGUGUUGGGCGUCGGGGAUGGCAGGCGCGGAGGCACGGUGGCGUUAUCGGCCGCAGCGUCUGAGAAGUUGUGUACGCAUGAUCCGAAGACGGAGGUCGAGGCCCCGGCCGGAGCGGAGACGGAGGCGAGGGCGUCGCCCUCCACCUCAACAACCGCAGGGGUCAGAGGCGGCAGAGAAGCAGCCUCGCGGCUUUGUCGGUCACGUCCUCGUGCAGGGGUGAUGACGACACCGGUCGGUUCAAGGCCCUGCAUCGGCAGCGGCACCACGGGCUGCCGUGCAGCCGACACAAAGGCCAGCAUCGGCGGCGCCGUGGCAGUGUGUUGGUGGCGGCGACGAGAGCCGCUGUACUUUCCUGCACCAUCGCGUUGGAGUCCACGUACGCCAUGACGGAGCCAUCUUUCUGAUUCCAGAUGCCCGUUGAUUCAAGAAAGAAGCAGGCAAUCGGCCAUUGGAUUCUUAAUGCUGUUAAGAAAAUAGACAAUCCAGUUAGCUUUCUCCGGAUGGAUUUCUUGUACGGACGCAUCAUAGAUGCACGUUGUCUUCUCCGGACGACGGCGUGAUGCCGUUCGGCUGCCCCGGCCACACAACACCACAGCGGACGUGCGAGCCCGACGCCUCUUACUGUUGUUGCCCGAGAUUGAAUAAAAGUGAAUGGACGAUCA